CCUGCGCGGGGACCUUCCUCCGUCUCGGUGCGGGCGUCAUGGCUGCCUCCGUGGCUCCCCGGAGUAGGGAUCUGCUGUGGGCUGGCGCUGCUUGGCUGCGGCAAGGAGGCAUCGGAGAGCUACUCCGGACGCGAAUUGAACGGGGCACCCCGGGGCGGGACUUCAGUCUCUCUCAUAACCGGAGCACGGUCAUCGUGGAGCGCUGGUGGAAGGUGCCCCUCGCCGGGGAGGGCCGGAAGCCGCGCCUGCACCGGCGGCACCGCGUUUAUAAACUGGUGGAGGACACGAAACACCGGCCCAAAGAGCUCCUGGAGCUCAUCCUCACGCAGUCUGUGGACGAGAUUGGAGUGAGGGGCGAUCUGGUCUCAGUGAAGAAAUCUGUGGGUCGAAAUAAACUCCUUCCUCAGGGGCUGGCUGUGUAUGCGUCCCCUGAAAAUAAGAAGCUGUUUGAAGAGGAGAGAUUGCUGAGACAAGAAGGAAAACUGGAGAAGAUCCAGACGAAGGCAGGAGAGGCGACAGUGAAAUUUCUGAGAAAUUGUCAUCUAGAGGUGGGAAUGAAGAACAAUGUCAAAUGGGAGCUAAACCCUGAAAUAGUUGCUCGCCACUUCUUCAAGAAUCUUGGUGUUGUGGUUGCUCCACAUGCUCUGAAGUUACCAGAGGACCCUAUCACUCAGUGGGGGGAGUACUGGUGUGAUGUGACUGUAAAUGGACUCGACACUAUAAGGGUUCCUAUGUCUGUAGUGCUCUUUCAGAAGCCCAAGACCAAAAGAUACAAGCACUGGUUAGCCCAGCAAGCUGCCAAGAACAUGGCCUCCACCAGCUCCCAGGCAGCCUGAAUGUCCUCUGCCUCCAAGACAAGCAGUCAGAAGAGCAUUGGGGCAGCUCGGGCCAGCACUUGAAGCUGUCUUAGCCCAAAGCAAGCGUGGAUCAUAGAGAACCUGGACUCAGACUGAACUGCGCAUACAUGUAAGGCUGGCUGAGUUUGUCAUCUCUGCAGUCAGUGUCAUCACACGCCAGCUGUAUCAGAGCGUUCUACAGGCAGUAGAUUUCCUACGCUGAAUAUCAGUGAACUGAAUCAGUCUCCUUAGCCCUUCCUUCCAUUGGAGAGUGCAUGGGAACAAGUGAAGGGCCCAACCAUGGUUCUAAUAAUCACUGUAUUGUCAUCCAGACUGUGUCCCAUGCAGAAAUAGCUGUUUAACUGGACUUCAGUUGACUUUGGGCAUGCUAUUCAGGUAAGGUGUGUUGAGCUGCAGAGUAAAGUGUUGCAGUUUGAUGUGUCCAUGGUUGCCAUGAGCAGACUGCUGUAAUGUAGCCAAUUAUGUCUGCUCUUAAAACUUUCUUUAUCUCCAUGUGAGUGAUGCUGCGGGUUCCAUUAAGCUCUGAAUAAGGAGAGGGAGAAAGUGACUCCAGGUCGCAGGUGGUCACACUUUGCAGCCUCUCCAAUUAAAGGAGCCAAUUCCUACACAGCCGGUGCCUAUAUGUGUGGUUUCUUUUUUUUUCUGAGACAGGGUUUCUCUGUAUAGGCUUAGCUGUCCUGAAACUUGUUCUGUAGACCAGAAGACUGGUCUUGAACUCAGAGAUCCACCUGCAUCCUGAAUGCUGGAAUUAAAGGCUGGGCCACCACCA